GCAGCUCCUCCUCCACAGGCUGUUUACCAAGAGAGAAGAGCUCCUCUGACAAAAACAAGGGCUGGGGCUCAGGCUGGAGGAGCAGUUUCUGCUGCAUAGGCUCUUCCCCGGUUUGGACACUUACAGCGUUCUUUUUUUUCUACUUUGCUUUUUUUUUGUUCCGCUUGUUUAGGUGGAAACGACACAAGAUGUGGUCGGUUUGCCCAGGCCGUCAGCUCUGCAACAUGUUUUUGUCUCUGCACGUUGUUUUCCUGAGCGUGGCCAUUGUGCAGAGCAGCGCAUCGAAUGGAGCACAGAAAGACUGUGUGAGGUCCAGUGGUGUGGACUACAGAGGAGAACAACAGAGCUCCUCCUCAGGUCUGGCCUGUCUAAACUGGGUCAACAUUACAAGGGACUAUGAUACCGAAACCCAUCCGGACUCACAGACAGGAGCUGGAGAUCACAGUUACUGCCGAAACCCGGACGCCUCAGAGAGGCCGUGGUGCUACAUUGCCGGCCCGGAUGGGACGAUCCAGAGACAGUUCUGCAAAAUUGAGACAUGCAAAGAGCAAAGCUCAGCUGAGCCAGCAGAGGCCGAGUCCCUCAUCCCGACAGGAAGCGCUUCCUCCACUGAGAGCUUCCAGCCGGCGCGGUCGGGAGCUUCUCAGGGAGAAGUGGCUGCCGUGCAGCCGGUAAUGGGAGUCAGCCAGCGAGUGCGGACGGGGCCCAAAAAGAAGAAGGACCUGGGCGUGCUCGGCUACGUCCUGGGCAUCCUCAUGAUGGCGAUCAUCAUCAUCCUCGGUGUGGGCAUCACGUUUGGCUACUUCUAUAAAAGGGGCCGGGACCUGAAGAAGCAGCACGAGCAGCGGGUGUACGAGAGGGAGAUGCAGAGGAUCACCCUGCCGCUGUCCGCCUUCUCCAACCCCACCUGCGAGCUCAUAGACGAGAACACCAUCGUCAUCACGGCCGAGAGCGAGACCGCCCCCGUCCAGGAGGGCGGUGACCCCCUGAUGGGUCAGCAUGCGGGCACUCCCGGAGCGUGAGCAGGCAUGAAAGUCCUCCGACGGGACCGUGAUGACUUAUUGUUUUUGUGGACCAGAACACUCCUAAUUCCAACAUUUCUCCGCCCAACAUCCCCGAGAUGAGGAGCAGCCUUGGCUCCAAAGGCCUGAACUAUAUGUCCUUUGUGUCCCUCUUUUCCUCUUUUUUUUUCAAAAACACGAGACACAAACAAGAUAAGCUGACACAAAAGUCUCUUGAGACAAAAUCUGCUUUAAUUGAAGGACGCGCCUUGAGGUUUUUCAUAUCAUUUCAGAUACUCAGAAGAGGAAACAGAAAUCAGGUCGCAGGCUGUCCUCCUGUUUAACGGCACGGAUAUUCAGUAACACAGACAUUUGACUCGUCAGGGGGUUUGUUAGCCACAGGUCUUUGUAAAGGGGUGGCCCUAACCUAGAGUGGGGGAAAUUUCCUCCCGUCUUUUGUUUUCCACAGGAGGCACGGAAUGACUGUGUUCUUUGAUUUGUGAGGACUGCUGGUUUUGUCCAGGGAGACGAUAAAAUGCGUUUUUUCGGGAAGACUCCUUUGACACACUGAUGUGUGCCCCAAAAAAUAGCCGUCUUCCUCUGUGACGGGAUGCAUGAGGUAAAGAGGCCCGUAGAUGACGAGGGAAGGCCUCCAGCACAUAACUGCCUUAGCAUGAUACUUCUGAAUGUAUUCUACCCCAUUUUUAGUCUGCCAGACCGGUGUAGUUUAGAAGCAUUGAUGGAGGCAGGCGCGAAAGAAGACCCGCCGUCUUCUUCCACAGGUUAAGGAGUGACAGGAAAACGUAGCGUGCUCUCAGGAGGCGUGCACGCGGAGAAAAAUAGCACUGCCACAACGCAGGGGAUCAGGCCAGAACAGUGGGAGCGUGUCCACACACACGGGGAACGCUGGUGUCUAGGCUCGGACCGGAGUUACGCGCCUCAUAAGAGUGGAGAAGAGUUAGAACGCUCCCACGUUAGCGGGCGUUCAUGUAAAACCCUGAAAAACUGAAUUGCAUGUACGUGGUUACCUGCUGUAUGUUCGUCUUUCAGGGGCCAUUUUUCCCGUUUUAAGAAGUUGAGCAACUCCUUGAGAAAAUACUUUGUGUGGCUGAAAGUAAUCCUAACAGGAAGAAGCUUUGUUUGUUUGAUGUGAUGCACAGUUACUUCAACAUGUUUUCAUUUCAGUGGUCGUCCGUUCAGUCGCUCCAGCUGGGCUGAGGUUUUGUGGUUUUCAUUACUGGUAAAUUAAUGGUUGCUGCAGCUUCGAUAUUUCUGGUGUCUGUUUGCUGGCUGGACUUACUUUUUAUCAACGUGCUUAAAGUUUUUUGGCACUUGUAUUUAUAGAAGUAUGCUCAUUGCUCAGACUCAAAUAAAAAAUGAUUAGCCACUAAUGUGUUGUGUGUCCUUCCUGCUCAGCAUGAGGGGUGGAGAGGAAUGCUC